AUGUCUUUUCCGGUGAUAUCUGCCAAAUCUUGGUUUGGCUUUGAUCUAGACGACACACUUCACGAAUUCCGACGAGCAUCGGCCUUCGCCUCAGAGCAUGUUUUCCAAACCAUUCAUACUGCAAAUCAACACCUGAGUAUCGAAAGUCUCAGGGAUGAUUACCGGACCAUUCUGCGUAAUGCAACCGCCAAUGCCUUCACGGAUGGAAGGACCUCGACCGAGUACCGCCGCGAACGAUUCGACCAGCUUCUUCAGACGCAGGGAUUCUCUGAUACUGCUCUUCUCGAACGUCUGCUAGAAGUAUAUCACGACUCUUUGCGAGGGAAUUUGACCCUCAAGGAUGGUGCAUUGCAUCUCCUGCAGACUUUACACCAACGAGGGAAGAAAGUCAUUGUCAUCACCGAGGGCCCGGCAGAUGCACAGGAGUGGACUGUGCAAGAACUUGGCAUACGGCCUUAUAUCGACGUGCUCGUGACGACCAACGAGAUUGGAAGAUCUAAAUUGGACGGGCUCUUCGGCACUGUGUUGAAGAAAUAUGAAAUUGCCACAGAUGAGAUUAUCUACUUUGGCGAUAACCCGGUGCGCGACAUCCAGGCUGCGCGAGCAGAGGGGCUUCUAGCGGUGCUCUAUGAUACGACGGCAAUCACUGAUUUGGAAGACGCAAAUGCAUUGCGGGUGAAUUCGUGGGCGACUGUAGAAAAUAUACUCGUCCGUGGAGAGUAA